AAUAAUUAUUAAACAUUGUGAUUGAGAAAAUCCACAAAGUGUUUAUUCUAAUGAUUUAAUUUUUCUUUUCUGCUAAAAAUUCUAUAUCAUGCCUAGAUCAUUUUUAAUCACCAAUAAACGUUAUGGACGUUCAUCGAAUGAAAUAUUAAAAUUUAAUUCUAACUUGUCGAUGAACGAUAAUAAUAAUAAAAAUAAUGAUGACAACAAUGUCAAUCAAUCGAAAAAAAUUGCUAAUCAUAACCACAAAGAUGAUUAUGAAAAUAAAAAAAAUGAAAAUGAAAAAUCCGAAUCAUCACCAAAAACAAGAAUUGAAUUGGCUAAAUCUGAUAUAAAAGUGAUUUUGAAUUUUUCGGAAUCUUCAAAUACAUUCUCAAACAAGAUUAAUAUUAUUAAAAAUGAUAAUGAUCACAAUAGCAACGAUGACAACAACAGUAAUAAUAAUGGCAAUGAAAUUCAUGCUUGUAUUGAUUGUGGUAAAUGUUAUAGUACAUCAUCGAAUUUAACACGUCAUAGGCAAACACAUCGUAGUGUUACAGAUAAAAAAGCACGUGUUUGUCCACAUUGUGAUAAAAUCUAUGUAUCGAUGCCGGCCUAUUCGAUGCAUGUUCGAACACAUACACAAGGUUGUCGUUGUAAUUAUUGCGGUAAAUGUUUUAGUAGACCAUGGCUAUUACAGGGCCAUAUCCGUACACAUACCGGUGAGAAACCGUUUAAAUGUCAUAUCUGUAACAAGGCAUUUGCCGAUAAAAGCAAUCUACGUGCACAUGUUCAAACACAUUCAAUGACCAAACCAUUCAUUUGUAAACGUUGUGGUAAAACAUUCGCAUUGAAAAGCUAUUUAUAUAAACAUGAAGAAUCAUCAUGUCUACGUCAUCAGGAACAUAAACGAAAUAUUCAUCGUUAUCAUCAUCAUCAUCAUCAUCAUCAUCAAAAAACGCUGCCAAAUCAGAAUCAUCGAUAAUGUUGACGAUGAUGUCUAUUACAGAAAAAUCAUCAGUGAUCAGUUUUGAUUCAUAAAAGAAUUUUUAUUUUUUACAAUACCAAUUCACAUUUAUAUUUUUGUACAUUUGAAUUUUUUU